AUGUCUUUUAAGAAAGUACAAGUCAGUGACGAUGGAGUUGAGCUAGGGUACAUUGACAGCGGCCCAGUCAACGACUCGAGCGAUUAUACGACAAUUAUCGUUAUCCAUGGUUUAUGCUUUAGUUCCACGAUAUUCAAAAGGGUCCAAGCCAUGGCUGCAAGCAAGAAUAUUCGCUUCAUUGCUGUAUCACGAAGGAAUUAUCCUGGAUCGACAGCCUUCACGCCUGCCGAGCUUGAGGUAAUGGUAAACGGUACGGAUGAACAGCGCGAUACGUGGAUGAAGAACCGCGGACACGAAUAUGCCAUUUUGAUUGACAAGUUAAUCGAGAAGUACCAGCUCCCGCCAGUGGCGAGCGAUAGGAAAUCAGGCGGCGUUGUGCUUUAUGGAUGGUCGCUUGGUUCAGGGGAGGCAAAUGCCACAAUUGCACACGCAGAUACACUUCCUGCUUCCGUGAGAGACAGGCUCCAGAAGUACCUCCGUGCAUUGAUAUUACAUGAAGGACCGCCCCUCGUUUUUGGACUUCCUAUGCCCGAGAAGAAUUGGGCGCCGUUUCAGAUCGAGUCCGUUCCUCCAGAACUCAAAUUUCCCAUGUUCGCGCAGUGGGUUACAGGAUACUUUGACCAUGGGAACGCCCUCGCCACGCGGGAACUCAAUGACCUCUCAUAUAUACUCCCAUCCUCCUUUAAACCGGGUACUAUCUACAACCUCACCAUGGAGGAAUACACUUCCGCAGUCUGUACAGGACAAAAGGAGGCCUCCUCCGAAAUACCGUACAUGUUCGGCUUUCAGAGCCAGCUUCAUUCGGCUUACCAAAAGGCACUUUUUGAUCCCCAAAUCAAGACAUUGUUCCCGAGUUUGGUAAAAGCGUAUUUGUCGGGAGAGAAAGCUCCUGCGUUUGGCAUUGCCGCCAUGUGGGCUAUACAGGAUGAGGCAGAGAAACGUGGUGCAUUGAAGUCAAUGAGAUUCGAGAUGGUGGAAGGAAUCAAUCAUUUCCCACAUUGGGAAGAGCCAGAAAGGGCUCUCGAUAUCUAUUUGAAACUGGCAUCCCCAUUGUAA